GUAUUUAUUUUCCCUGACUGUCUGCCUGCCUUUUACAAAUUUCACGAAACGGCACUUUAUCUGAUAAAUUUAACUGGAAAAUAAUUUCAAUAUUACUUUCAUGUAACGCAUUUCCUAAACGUUUUUUUUUUAAAUGUCGAUCAAUAAGGAUAAAUUGAUACGGUUGAUGUAUGAACGACCCGUUCUCUGGAAUCACAAACAUGCUGAUUACCGUAAUGCGAGUCUGAAGCAACACGCUUGGAUCGAACUGGCCUCGGAGUUUCAAAUGAAGGAUGAAGACCUGAAAAAAAGAUGGGCAUGUAUAAGAGAUACCUUCCGAAGAGAAUUGAGAAAGAUUCUAAAGUGGUCGACUGAAGCUGUGCCUUACAUUUCAAAAUGGCCCUAUUUCGAAAAGAUGAUAUUCCUCAAAGACACAAUGGACGCAAGAAAAAGCUUCAUUGACGAAGCAGAGGAGGAGGAAGUAGAAAAUAGUGCAGAGAAUAACAUAGUUUUCGAGGAGAAUUUUACAGAGAAACUAGACAUGAAGACGAUAAAGCCAGCAGAAAUACCUUUUGCUUUUGGGCCUUACACACUUACACAAAGAGUCAUAUCUGAUCCCUUGGAUUUUGAGAACUGCAGCAAAAAGAGGAACUCGAAAGAAGCGGGUUUGGAGUUGGAGAAUGAGGAUAGUUCGAAAAGCAGAAAAAAUGUAAUCACUGUCGAGGAAGAUGAAGACUACCAUUUUGUUAUGAGUAUUCUCCCAGCUUUGAGAAAAGUUUCUAAUAAGUUGAAAGUGAGAAUGGAUAUUAUGAACACUAUUAUGGCUGCGCAAAAUAAUGGUAAUUGAGGCUUCGAACGAGUGGUUGUUAGGUGAUGAGUGAGACAGAUUAUAAUAGUAGGUUCCUACCUUACCGGCAUCGAGAAUUUUCAUUAGCUCAAGUGGUUCGUGUCCGUGCUAAGUUUCUUGAAUUAUGUUGAUGUCCUAAGAGAAAUAAUAAAUCCAAAGAUAUUACACGUUAAGAGUAAAUUACAAGAUUAAUUUUCUAAGAAAAAAAUCGAAUUUUCAACUAAAAAAGAU